GCACAUUUCUUGAUUUCCGUGUUCUGCAAAACUAAAAACGGAAGUCCUCUUGGUGAAGUGAAGAAGACGAAGGAGUGAGUGGAAGACGAUGAAUUCGACGGUGUUCAAGGGGGCUAACGUCUUCAUGUCGCGGAAUCUGGUUCCGCCGGAGGACUUCGAUGCGCUUCACGAUACACUCAAGCGAAACGGAGCUCAGGUCUUCCUCUGCUGCGACCCAUCCCGAAACGGCCCUGAUGACUUCCAUGUCAUCUCCUCAAUGGAUCAUGAGAAAUUCGAGGAUCUCCUGUCAAAAGGCUGUAAUUUGAUAGGUCCUCGUUGUAUUCGUUUCUGUGCGAAUGAAUGCAGGAAACUCCCCAGUAAAGGAUUUACAUGUUGUUUUGCAAUGGAAGGUGUCAAAGUACUGGCAUCUGGUUUUGCGGGGGAUGAAAAGUUAAAAAUCAGAAAGCUAGUGAAAGCAAUGGGAGGCGUUUUUCAAGAAAAAGCAUCAAUGGAUGUUAACAUUGUUAUUGUGAAGAAUGUUUUGGCUGCAAAAUACUGGAUGGUUCUUGAGCUAUACUGCAAGGACCAGUUCUCCAUUUUGAGUGGUGUGGCUUGUUGCCUAACUAUUUGGUUCCCAACAUAUCUUAAAGUUGGCAAGCUCUUGGUACACGGGAGGAGUGGUGAUGUUGACGUUGCUUAUGGGAAGGCUAUCCUGGCAGUCACAAGCCACACUGCUAGACCGGGCCCACAUCAAAAGGGAUCCAUAAAUAUUAGCUAUAGUCUUAUUCCUGCUACUGUUGAGUCAUUCAGGGUCCAACCUUUUUCUGGGCUAACCAUUAGUGUUACCAGGAUCCCUGCAGCAUGCCUUAAUGAGGAGUCCUAUCACAUUCAGGGUAGUUCUGCAUCAACUAGGAAUGCUGCAAGAAUUAAAAACCAACACAGCUUAGAGAGUGGUAUUCAAAGCGUGCAUAGUUUUUCCUCCACUGCAACAGUAUCAAAUUCUGAAGCUGUUUCAUUUGGACAUGCUGUUGAUUCAGACAUGGGGGGCACCUUUUUUCAGAACGCACCUUCAUUUUCAGAGGAACCCUUGUUUUCCAAAGAGGAAAGAAAUGACCAUCCCAUCGAGCACCAAAAUUAUGAUGCUUUUACUGGUGAAUUUGUUGCUGGUGACUCUCAAACAGAUGAUAAUGACUUAUACCUUUCAGAUUGUAGACUUCUAAUUGUUGGUUUUAGUGCAUCUGAAAUGCGAAAACUUGUGAAUAUGGUUCGUAAAGGUGGCGGUUCCCGUUAUAUGUAUUUCAGUGAGAAGUUGACACACAUAAUAGUUGGAUCUCCAUCUGAGAUUGAAAUCAAAGAAAUAAGAAACCUCUCAGCUUUGGGUGUAAUUCAUGUGGUGAAACCAGAUUGGCUUGCAGACUGUACAAGUCAAAAGAAAGAAGUUCCUGUGCUUCAGAAGCAUAUUGCUAGUGAUUUAUUUCUUCCCAGAGAACACAUUAAAUCCAAUAAAGGUGUUUUCGUGAGCAAUGCUAUUGCAAAGCAAGGAAAUUCAAGUGAAGGUGUUCAGUGCCACAAGGAUUUCGAAUCUGGAAACUCACUGAAGGAGAGUAAAGAAGUAGAAAACAUAAAUAACAAAGGAUCUUCACAGAUAGAAAUCGAACCUCAGUUCUGUACACUGAAUGGUAAAGAUAAGGCUAAGUCGCACACAAAUCUCAGUGGAGCAGACCAAGCAGAUGAUGAUACAAAAACAUCGACUGUUUUUAAGGGAAAACGGUUUUGCUUUUCGAGCUGCUUCCCUGCCGAUCAGAGAGGUGACAUUAUACUGUGGGUAAAUCAAGGGGGAGGGGAGUUGGUGGAGGCUCAGAUUGAAACAGAUGUGCAUUUUGUUAUUGAACGCCAUGGUGUGAUGCGUUCCCAGACUGAUGCUGGUAUGACAUAUGUUUCAAGUCACUGGAUCAAGUCUUGUUUAGAGGAUGGGCGCUUGCUAGAUGUUGGCAGUCACAUUUGCUAUUCUCCACUUCCUUGUCAAGUACCUUUCCCUGCAUUUAAGAGCUUUCGUUUGGGUGUUUCACAGUACGAUGAAAAAGAAAAGAAGCUGCUAAGAAAUUUAUGCUUUAUUCUUGGAGCUAAGUUUGCUGAGAAAUUUUCUAGAAGGGCAACACAUUUAUUGUGUAAAUUCACUUGUGGCCAAAAGUAUGAGUUUGCUUGUAGGUUUGGUAUCCAACCUGUAACAUGUGAGUGGAUUUAUGAGUGUAUAAAACAGAACAAAGUAGUUGCUCCAGGUCCAUUUUAUCCAAAAGCAGUAACUUCUGAAAAUCAAGAAGCUGCAAUUUGUACAGCAAGCCAGUUUCCUACACAAGCUGCACAGAUGCUAUCAGAGGAUGUCUCUCAGGUUCAGAAUGAGUCCAAAGAACUUGAGACUAUGCAUAAUGAAGCUUUUACCGCCAGAAGUGCUACUGAUAUUACUACAUCUGGGGCAAUUCCUCCAGAAAAUAGGAAGAUUGAAAGAACCAAAGAUUGUGUUAUAAUGUCUGAUGUCGCUAACCUGAUUGAGGAUUGUUUAGAGCACACAAACAAGAUCAAGAUCAUGGAGAUCAACAGCCUUCUCUCCGAUUGUCUCAGCAUUGGACAAACAGAAGCUUCGAGUGACAGAGACGAGGAUGCAAAGAUGGAUGUGUGGUCAUAUAAGUUUGGACAAGGUUCCAACUUAAGAUAAUUAGAAGAAGGUGGGAGUGGUCUCUGUGGACGAUAGACUGCGUGGAGAUUGAUUGACAUAGUCUGGGCACGUACUAAGGACAAGUACGGAUGCUUUGGUGAAGUGGUGCGGCAAGCUUGUAAUAGGAGACGUGAGUAGGGGUAUAGAGGUAGACCUAAGAACUGUAAGAAGAGUUGGAAAGAGGUGAUUAGACAUGACUUGCAGCUUCAAGAGUUAACUGAAAAUAUGACCUUAGAUAAGAACGUCUAGAGGUCUUAGAUUAGGAUGUAGGGUAGGCAUUUGGGUAGUGCCUUACCCUUGUGAAGGACUAAAUGCCUUAAUUUGCU